AUGGCGCCAAACCUCAUAUUUGAUGAUGAUGAUGUUGAUGAUGAUAGCUAUUGGAGUUUCCCUCGGUUUGUGGAAAGGUCUUUGCUUUUGCAUGAGGCACCAGUUAUAGAAAAAUUGCAAUUCAAAGUAGGUAAUUAUUCUGGUGCCUCUAAUAUCAGAGUAUGGACCAGAGCUGCACUUAAACGCUGUGUGCGUAAUCUGAUUAUCAAGACGAAGACCGACAUUAGUAUAGUUCCAAUCAUACUUCCAACGAGUUUGUACACAGGGUGUAGCAUGCUUGUGGGAUUGGAACUAAAGAAAGUGGUUCUUAAGGAUGUUGCUUCUCCAAUCUCUUUCCCAUCUCUCAAGAAACUGUGGCUUAAAUGUGUUAAAUACCCAGAUGACAAUGUGACCAUUUUCACCAUAAAAGUCCCUUCUCUCAAGAGAUUAGUCUUGAGUAAACCAUAUUCCGAAGAUACAGAUAUUGCAUCUGGGUUUAUGAUAGACGCUCCUUCUUUAGAGAGUUUUGGCAUUAAUGAUGAAUGUGAGGGUGGGUUUUGUGUUACUGAUGCAUUUCCUGUUGGCACAGUCUUCUGCUCUCUUGUGUCUUUAGAGAUAUGGAUAACUCACACAGACUGGUUUAAUCUACUCAUGCGUUUUCUCAAAGAUUCCCCUAAUUUACGAGCUCUCAAACUUGAAAAGCUCUACUUCAAUGAAGAUGAUGAUGAAGAUGACGCUGAUGAUGACCGCCCAUGCUGGAGUGAACCGAGUUCAAUCCCUGAAUGUGCGAUAUGGAGUCUUGAAACUCUCGAGUGGUCAGAAUAUGAAGGAGCAGAAGAAGAUAAACAAGUAAUAGCAUUUAUCUUAAGAAAUGCACACUGUUUAAAGAAGGCAACUAUCUCCACUGAAUCAACCGAAGAGCCUAACAAGAAACUCCAGAUGCUUAAGGAGUUGUCUUUGUUUCCAAGGCGUUCACCUACCUGUCUGCUUGCAUUCGACUAA